AUGGCAACAGUGGAUGACUCAAGCGUAUGCUCAGUCUGUAAUAAACUUCCAGGCAAACGCUUCUGCAUGGGAUGUAAAAAAUACUUUUGUUCGAAAGAUUUCAAAGAACAUGAAAAACAACUAUCGAUACAGUUCGAUAAUGAAAUAGUACGAUCUCAUGAUGAAUUGCUGGAUAUGAUUCAAAAAUUAGAAAAACCGGAUGAUUUAUCAUCAGAUGUUUUUGAUCAAAUUGAUCAAUGGAAAAAAUUAACAAUCAACAAGGUAAAACAAGCGGCCGAAAGAGCUCGUCAUGAACUCAUCGAAUUGCUCGAUAAACGGCGAGCAGCAGUAACAAAACAGUUAGAAGCAAUAACAAAAGAAAUUCGUAGUCAUCGAGAGGAAGAAAAUUUCCUUGAAGAUGACAUUGCUCGACUUCGAACGAAACUUAAUGAUAUCCAAAAAGUACUUGGACAGUUCACUCGAAAAGAUACAAAGAGAACUAUCAUAGCUACGAAUGAUCAAAUUGAUUGGGACCGAAUUAUUUACAUAGCAAAAGGAGAAGAAAUCGAGAAUCUAACUUUGAACGAGAAUACGAAAUGGGUACUGGAUGGUGUAACAAUUGCUGGAGGAAAUGGAGUUGGUAUCAGAAUGAAUCAGCUAUCCGUUCCAUUGGGUCUGUGCAUUGAUGGGAAUCAGACUGUCUACAUUGCUGAUUACUCAAAUCAUCGGAUUAUGGAAUGGAAAUAUGGUGUGACGGCUGGUCGAGUUGUAGCUGGUGGAAAAGGUGGCGGGAACUGCACUGACCAACUGAGCUAUCCGGUACAUGUAAUUAUUGAUCGAGGCAGAAAUAACUUGAUCAUUAGCGAUUAUAUCAAUAAAAGAAUAGUUCGAUGGUCUCGUGAAAAUGGUACCGGGGGCGAAGUAAUCAUUUCAAAUGUUGGUUGUUGGGGAUUGGCCCUCGAUGACGUUGGAUUCAUUUAUAUUGCUGAUUACGAUAAACAUGAAGUGAGACGAUAUCGAAUGGGAGAGAAUCAAGGAACCAUAGUGGCGGGUGGAAAUGGAGCAGGUACUGGUCUCAAUCAAUUGAAUCAUCCAAGAUAUGUUUUCGUCGAUGAAGAUCAUUCUAUUUACGUGUCAGACGAAAUCAAUCAUCGUGUUAUGAAAUGGAUAGAAGGUGCGAAACAAGGUAUCAUUGUGGCUGGUGGAGAAGGAUCAGGGAAUAGUCUUACACAAUUGUCAAAUCCUUAUGGAGUUUUUGUGGAUCACUCAGGUACCGUCUAUGUUGCUGAUGGCUCGAAUCAUCGAAUCGUUCGUUGGUACCGCGGAGCCACUCAAGGAGAGGUGAUUGUUGGGGGACAUGGACCAGGAAACCAAUCAAAUCAACUGAAUACCCCCUUUGGUUUAUCAUUCGAUCGAGAAGGAAAUAUUUAUGUGAGUGAGCACAGUAAUCAUCGAGUGCAAAAAUUCGAUAUUCAAAAACGUUGA